GACAGCUCAGCAUCUCUAUCUGCACCUUCCGCUCUUGUUAUCUCUCCGACCGCUCUCUCUUAGCCCCUUUCUCUCGCCCAAAACACCGCACAAGCGAUGCCAUUCGAUCUCGACCACUGUAUCGAGCAGCUGCUGCACAAGCGUCUGCUGGGAGAGCCACUCAUCCGUGAGAUAUGCGAGAAGACGAAGGAAGUGCUCAUGCGAGAGAGCAAUGUCGUGCAUAUCCAGGCGCCUGUUACGGUCGUAGGGGAUAUACAUGGGCAGUUUUAUGACUUGGUGGAGAUAUUUAGAAUAGGAGGGUACUGCCCAAAUACAAAUUAUCUCUUUCUUGGGGACUACGUGGACCGUGGACUCUUCAGCGUCGAGACGAUAACCUUGCUUACGUGUCUGAAACUUCGAUAUCCGGACCGGGUACAGCUCAUCAGAGGGAAUCAUGAAUCACGAGCUGUUACGCAGACCUACGGGUUUUACACUGAGUGCAUACGAAAGUACGGCAGUCCGAACGUGUGGAUAUAUUUUACGGAUAUGUUUGAUUUCCUCACGCUGAGUGUGGUGAUUGAUGACCGAAUAUUCUGCGUGCAUGGCGGCUUGUCGCCGAGCAUACAUUCGAUUGACCAGAUCAAGGUGGUGGAUCGAUUUAGAGAGAUCCCGCACGAAGGUCCCAUGGCAGACCUUGUGUGGUCCGACCCGGAUUCUGACAAAGAAGACUUUGCAAUCUCCCCCCGUGGGGCAGGAUAUACCUUCGGUUCUCAAGUAGUGCGCAAGUUCCUCGAGAUAAACCACAUGUCGCAUAUCCUCCGUGCGCACCAGCUGUGCAUGGAAGGCUUCAGCGUAUCGUUCGACAACCGGCUGAGCACCGUCUGGAGCGCGCCGAAUUACUGUUAUCGGUGUGGGAACUCGGCGAGUAUAUUGGAAAUCGGACCUGGACAGGAAAUGCACUUUAAUGUCUUUGAAGCGGCCCCUGAGAACGAGAGGGAUGGACCGCAGCAGGCCCAGCAGGCUUCGAUGAUGAAGAUCGAGUAUUUCCUCUAAUCCGGGUUCGGGGCAUCCGCACAUAGGGUUUCGAUCAUAUACAGUGUCUUUCAGAACAUCCUAUGCAUGGGAGGAGGGAAUAUGUAUCCUAGUUG